CAGGGAUGGUCAGGCUGGGCCGCGCUGGGGAAGCGGGAGAAGGGACACUCUGAUGGAUCCACGCGUCCGCAGCUGUGCCUCCCACCGCACCGCCGCCGAGGUCUCCCCGAGCCUUGCCCAUGCGCGCGCAGGGACAGCGGGGCAGGAGCCGGCCGCGAUCCGGAGGCACCGGGACGGGACGACAGCGCAGGGGCAAGCCUGGGCCCGAGUCAGGAGCGGAGAGAGCGGAUCCCCACCGGCCCACGGGCCUGGGUCGCUCCUGGCCCCGAUCUCCCCCGAGCAAUCCGACCCGACUGGACCUCCCUGGCCCGGGAGCAGAGGCCGCGCCUUUGCAUUCACUGGCCCCUAGUCCCUGGCGUGCCUCGAGCCCCUCCCUCAGGAUUGGCCCAGGGACACCCCAAGCCCCGGGACCGCCGAGCUCCCGCGGCAGAUUUCCCGCUUCCUUGGCUUAAUUCCGGCCGGCAGUGGCUCUGGAGGAGUUAUCCAGGCGCAGCCUCCUCCAAGCAGCCCUCCCCACUCCGUGGCCUGUGGGCCUGACGGCGCUCUGGGCGCAGAUCCCGCCCGGGGCUGGGCACACGGAGCCCAGGAGCCACCUCAGUCCCUUUAAGCCCGCUGUUCGCGCAGUCCCGGGGUUUCCAUGACGACGACGUCUGCUAGGGGACCCGGGCGGGGUCGGAGCGCAUGCGCGGUGCACGCCGGACGCCGCAAGUCUUCCCGAGUCGCCGGCGCUGCUGUCGCGGCGUCCCCAACUGCGGGCGCCCGGGCUCCCUCCGCUCGGCCAUGGCCCCCUCGCCGCCGUGCAGGCCCCCUCGGUCGCCGCCGCCGCCGCUGCUGCUGCUGGUGCUGCUGAGCGUCGCGCUGCUGGGCGCCCAGGCCCGCGCGGAACCCGCCGCCGGGAGCGCCGUCCCCGCGCAGAGCCGCCCGUGCGUGGACUGCCACGCUUUCGAGUUCAUGCAGCGCGCCCUGCAGGACCUGCGGAAGACGGCCUGCAGCCUGGACGCACGGACAGAGACCCUCCUGCUGCAGGCCGAGCGCCGGGCCCUGUGCGCCUGCUGGCCGGCCGGCCGCUGAGGACCCUCAGCCAGACUACUUCCUCACCAAUAAACACCUGGCCCGGCAUGCCUGUGUCCUGUCUCCCUGCUCUGGCCACCAGAGCCCACCAUCGCCGCCUCCUGGAGUCCCCAGUUGGGACUCUCUCUGGGCCUAGGUUUCUGCAGCUCUUCCGUGAGGGUUGAGGCCCUCGGGACACCUGUCCCACACCAGUGCCACAGUUGAGGGUAUGCAUGUCCGGCCACACUUGUGAACCUGCACCCACGGGCACGGUGGCCACGGCGAGUCCGCCUUCCAAGGACCUCUUUCCUGCCUGCCUGCACUUAUUUUGAGGCGGGGGGAGGGGGGCGGUGUAGAGGCGGCCUGGUCCCUGGAGCAGCUGCCCCGGUGCCAACCCUCCCAAGGCUCUUCUGUACCGCAGUGAGGACGCCUGUGGUCAGGGUCUCCCUGGAGGUCCAGCCGGUGGAUCCCACACGGCAAGGCCACUGUGACCAAGGAGCCUGAGGGUGUCGGGAGAG